CUUUUGUUCUGAAAGAGCGCCGCCGGAAGUUGUCCCCGGGAGCGGAACCGGGUCGUGUGCGCGUGGUCCGGCCCUUUUGAACCAGCAGGGAGCUUCCAGCAUGGCUGCGAUCGGGGUCCACUUCGGGUACACAUGCGCCUGUGUGGCGAUAUACAAGGACGGACGGGCUGACGUGGUGGCCAAUGAUUCAGGAGACAGAGUAACUCCUGUGCUGGUGGCCUACAGAGACACUGAACAGAUUGUCGGCAUUGCAGCAAAGCAAGGACGGGUCCGCAACGCCGCCAACACCGUUGGUAAAGUGAAACAAGUGCUGGGGAGAAGCUUUGAUGAUCCAGAGACACAAACUCACAAAGCAGAGACCAAGUGUCAGGUGGUGAACAGAGGAGAGAAGCCGUAUUAUGAGAUCACAGCAGGAGAUCGCCCGGAGUAUGUCUCUCCGAGUGAUGUCGCAAAACUCGUCUUCCAUAAAUUGAAAGAAACGGCUCAGUCGGCUCUGGGCUCUGAUGUUGCCGACGCCGUCAUCACGGUCCCUUUUGAGUUUGCACAUGCUCAGAAGCGUGCUCUGAGGGAGGCAGCGGAAGCUGCAGGGUUCCACGUGCUGAGGCUGAUCCACGAGCCUGCUGCUGCUCUGCUGGCCUACGACAUCGGACAGGACUGUCACUCUGGAAAGAGCCACGUCCUGGUGUACAAGCUGGGCGGCACGUCGCUGAGCGUGACGGUGCUUCAGGCCAACGGAGGAAUGUUCCGGGUUCUCAACACCCACACGGACCACAGCAUCGGAGGGGAGAGCUUCACCCAGGCCUUGGCCCAGCACCUCGCCGCCGAGUUCAAGCGCACCUUCAAGCACGACGUGAGCAGCAACGCUCGGGCCAUGAUGAAGCUGAUGAACGGAGCCGACAUGGCCAAACACUCCCUGUCCACACUGGGAUCGGCCAACUGCUUCGUCGACUCCCUGCACGACGGCAUCGACUUUGAAUGCAACGUCUCCAGAGCUCGAUUCGAGCUGCUCUGCUCCUCCCUCUUCAACAAGAGUAUCCAGCCAAUCAGAGCCCUGCUGGAGCAGACAGGCCUCUCCGCUGGCGACAUCAACAAGGUGGUUCUUUGCGGCGGGUCAGCCAGGAUCCCUCGUCUCCAGCAAAUGAUCCGUGACAUGUUUCCCGAUGUGGAGCUCCUCAGCUCGGCGCCUCCCGAUGAGGUCAUUGCGGUGGGGGCGGCACUGCAGGCGGGCUUACUGGUGGGCAGGGAGAGCCUCUCCCCCGAGGAGGAGUCCGUCACGGUGGACGUUUCUGCCACGGACAUACUUGUGAAGGAGGUGGACGAAUCCGGAGCCGAGGUGUUCACCGUCCUCCUUCCAUCCGGCACGCCCCUCCCCGCCCGCCGGCAUCACAUCCUGAGCGGAGGGGGGAAACUCUCCUCCCUCUGUCUAGAGAUCUACCAGAGGCUUGUCGCGGAGCAGCCGGAAAAACUAGCCAAGAUCAUAUUGAGAGACCUGCAGCCCAGAGAGGAGAACCACGACAUCGACACCGUGGUGACCAUGAAAAGGGACGGCUCUGUUCACGUUUCCUGCGUAGAACCGAGCACCGGAAGGUCAGAGGUCGUCGCCAUCGCAGCUUCAUCAUGAAGCCACUGAUCUGCAGUUCAAAACACACAGUGUAGUACAGUGUCAGUACAGUGUCAGUGCCAUGUUUUUGUUUUCUUUUUUCACUCAAUAAACAUAAUAAAAACACCA